CUGUUCGCUUUUUGUGUAGUUCACCAAUAGUUUACUCGGUCCUUUGAUCUGCACAUGAACAGAAAAACUCUACCACUACCACUGCCAGUGCCAGUCUCGCUUCUAAUCACAAGAACGCGUAUUAGACCACAUACUGUAGUCGCACGGUACACAUCGCAAAAAUGCGGCGGUUCACCACCAAUCUUGCACGGAAGAGAACACCUCAAUCUCCUACAGUCAGAACCCGAACCUUCAGAACUCGCGAACGACCGCUAUAUGGCAAUCCCUCCCUUGAAGCUCGUUCGUCAUCCUCUCUUGAUCAGAAGUUCAGUUACUUGAACAAGGAAUUGUUCGGAUGGAGACCAGAGCUUCAGCACCUUAAUGUUAAUCUGAACAUUCAAAUGAAAGGACUCGGCGACAAUCUUGCUGCCCUAUUCAACACCCUUUCCGCCCAACUCAACACCCUUUCCGCUCAACUCAACACCUUUUCCGAGACUCAAGCAGCCAAAUUGGACCACUUCGAGAAUAGGUUUCUAAAUCGGAUGGCCUUUGCAGUGUCUGGGUUAGCCAUCAUCGGGAUAAGUGGCUCCAUGACAACGGUCCUGAUCCUCCUAAGCGAACCUGCCUUGAUCGAAGCUCCAGAACGGACUGCAAGAGAAGUAUCAUAACAUCAUAGCUCAUGUAACCAAUACCGGCAACGAGGU